AAAAAGAAAAGAAAGAAGAAGCAUCAUCAGCAUCAGCAGCACCGUGCAUAGGAAGUGACCGGGAGAGCCACAAAUGUCACAUGUGCUGGUUACGGCGACCUGGAGCCUCAUCAGCAGCAUCAGCACCGAUCUUGUGGAGGAUGCUGCGCCAAGCCAUCCACACUGGGCUCAAGUCAUUCUUCUACAGGCUGGGCUUGUUCGUCAGCAGGCACCCGGUGUUCUUCCUCACCCUCCCCCCCCUCCUCACCAUCAUCUUCGGCUUCCUCUUCUUCAGCCGCUACAAGCCCGACUCUGACCUGGAAGCCCUGGUGGCCCCCAGCCACAGCCUGGCCAAGAUCGAGCGCAGCCUGGCCAGCAGCCUCUUCCCACUGGACCAGUCCAGGGAGCGACUCUACUCCGACCUGCACACCCCCGGCAGGUACGGCCGGCUCAUCGUCCUCAACAAGCCCGGGGGCAACGUGCUGGCUCAGGCGGAGCGCAUCCUGCGAGUGCACCGGACCCCCUCGCCUGGGUCCUGCCAUGUGACACUCUUUAAAGAUAUGGGACUCGGUGAAAUAUACAGGUCGCCUAAUUUCUCCACAUCUUCCUCUUCUGUCGCUUUCUCAUUGCCCUCUCUUUUACCCUGGGAUGGUCCACCCAAAAAGGUUUUCCUAGUGGACGACGGCUGGUUUACAGAAUAUAUUCUCCAUGCUCACACCCCAGGGGAUUCGUACCUUUGCUCAGCUCAGAGACUCACUCCAAAAACCACAAACUGA